AUGAGUUAUAAUAAUCCAUAUCAGUUAGAGACCCCUUUUGAAGAGUCGUACGAGUUGGAUGAAGGUUCUAGUGCUAUCGGUGCAGAAGGCCAUGAUUUUGUGGGUUUCAUGAAUAAGAUCAGUCAAAUCAAUCGCGAUCUCGAUAAGUACGACCAUACCAUCAAUCAGGUCGAUUCUUUGCACAAGAGGCUGCUGACUGAAGUUAACGAGGAGCAAGCAAGCCAUUUAAGACACUCCUUGGACAACUUCGUCGCACAGGCCACAGACUUGCAGUUUAAACUGAAAAAUGAGAUUAAAAGUGCCCAAAGGGAUGGGAUACAUGACACUAACAAGCAAGCUCAGGCGGAAAAUUCCAGACAAAGAUUCUUGAAGCUGAUCCAGGACUACAGAAUCGUGGAUUCAAACUACAAGGAAGAGAAUAAAGAACAAGCCAAGAGGCAGUAUAUGAUCAUUCAGCCAGAAGCCACCGAAGAUGAAGUUGAAGCAGCCAUAAGCGAUGUAGGGGGUCAGCAGAUCUUCUCACAGGCAUUGUUGAACGCAAACAGGCGCGGGGAAGCCAAGACCGCUCUUGCGGAAGUCCAAGCAAGGCAUCAAGAGUUAUUGAAACUGGAAAAAUCCAUGGCUGAACUAACUCAAUUGUUCAAUGACAUGGAAGAACUGGUAAUAGAACAGCAAGAAAAUGUCGACGUCAUUGACAAGAAUGUUGAAGACGCUCAACUCGACGUAGAACAAGGUGUCGGCCAUACAGAUAAAGCCGUCAAGAGUGCCAGAAAAGCAAGAAAGAACAAGAUCAGGUGUUGGUUGAUUGUAAUUGCCAUCAUCGUGAUCGUUGUCGUUGUUGUCGUUGUGCCAGCCGUUGUCAAAACACGUUAA